GCAACGGCAGAUUUUACAGGUUCAGUCGGUGUCCAAGCAAGCAAGCAACCAGCAGAAUGCUGACCGAACUACUCUUGACGAUCUGCACCGGAGCGUUCCUAUAUCUCUCCUACCGCUAUGCCGUCGGUCGGAGUGUUGGCUUUCCGCCGGGUCCGCCGCGUAUCCCCUUCUUUGGCAGCUAUCUCUUCCUGCUGCUGCUCAACUACAAGUAUCUGCACAAGGCGGCACUCACGCUGACGCGCUGGUACAAGUCGGACAUUAUUGGCCUGCACGUCGGCAAGCAUCCCGUGGCCGUGGUGCACAGCGGUGAGGGUGUGCGCGAGGUGCUCAAUAAUCAGGUUUUCGAUGGACGUCCCAACAUCUUCCUUGCGGCCAUGCGUGACCCCGGUGAUGAAGUUCGCGGCAUAUUCUUCCAGGAGGGUGCACUCUGGAAGGAGCAGCGUCGCUUUAUACUCCGCUAUCUGCGAGACUUUGGCUUUGGUCGCCGCUUUGACGAACUGGAGUUGGUCAUCAAGGAGCAAAUCACAGACAUGCUGGACAUGAUACGCAACGGACCCAAGUACCCACACGAGCAGGUGCUGGUGAAGCCAGGCGGCUACAGAGUGCAACUGCCGCUGCUCUUCAAUCCCUUCUCGGUGAACUGUCACUUCCACAUUGUCUACAACGAGCGGCAGACGCGUGCGGAAAUGGCCGGGCUGGUGCGCCUCGUACAGAUGGGCAUGCAGUUCCAGCGUCACGCCGAUGACUAUGGCCGACUGCUGAGCAUUAUGCCUUGGAUACGACACGUGUGGCCCGAGUGGAGUGGCUACAAUAAGCUCAACGAAUCGAAUCAGUUCAUGCGCGAGUUCUUCGCGGAGAUCGUCGAUCGCCACAUCGAGAGCUACGAGGAGGGUAGCGAGCGCAACUUCAUGGAUCUCUACAUCAACGAAAUGAAGUGCUGUCCGGGCUAUGGCUUCAAUCGCGAGCAAUUCAUCAUGGGCCUGCUCGACUUUUCCAUUCCAGCCUUCACCGCUGUCGGUGUGCAGUUGUCGCUGCUCAUCCAAUACCUGAUGCUGUAUCCCGCGGUGAUGCAGCGCAUACAGCGAGAGAUUGAUGAGGUUGUGGGUUGCGGCCGGCUGCCUACGCUGGAAGAUCGCAAGAGCAUGCACUACACGGAGGCGACCAUACGCGAGGGCAUGCGCAUCGAGACACUGGUGCCGUCCGAUGUGCCGCACAAGGCAAUGGAGGAUACCGAGCUGCUGGGCUAUCACAUACCGAAGGACACCAUUGUGGUGCCCAGUCUGUAUGCCUACCACUCGGAUGCUCGCGUGUGGUCCGAUCCGGAGGCGUUUCGUCCCGAACGCUUUCUCGACGACCAGGGCGAACUCUGCCUCAAGCUGGACGUUUCCUUUCCCUUUGGCGCUGGCAAGCGACUCUGCGCAGGCGAGACUUUUGCACGCAACAUGCUCUUCCUCAUGACGUCUGCGAUGUGCCAGAACUUUAACUUUGUGCUGGCGCCCGGCGAUCAGUUGCCCGAUUUGUCCAAGAACAAUAAUGGGCUAAUCAUCAAUCCGCCCGAUUUCUGGUUGCAGCUGGAGGAUCACAGAUGUGUGUAGAAUAUUAUUUGAUAAGAAAAUGUUAGGUGUAGCAACAUAUGUUUGGUGUUGUGGUAAAUAUAUGUGAAUUAAGUCAAUAGAAA